AUGGAAGUCAGCUCGACAAACACCAUCAAAGGCGGCAAUUGGACGGUGGAAGCAAAUUUCUGCGAAUGGAUUGGUGUCGGAAGCAUUCCUCGAGAUAUAGGCAGCUUGCAAAAGCUACAAAAGCUCUAUAUCUCUGAUAACAACUUGACUGGCAUGAUUCCUCGAACCAUCAGUAACAUGUCGAGCUUGCACACGCUGGGCAUCGCAGCUAACCACAUUGAAGGAGAGAUUCCGAGGAAGCUAAGAGCUAUAGAGAGCAUCGAUGUUUCUUGGAACCGAUUUACUAGUGCCAUACCGAGUUCCACCCAGGAGUUUGAGAGCCUUGCUUCUCUCAACUUGUUGAGGAACUCGUUUCAAGGAUCCAUGCCACAAUCAAUUGGCCAUCUCAAAGGAUUGGAGUUCCUCGAUCUCUCCUGCAUUGAGUUAUCAAACACAAUACUUGAGUCCUUGGAAGGACUUGCAUAUCUACAAAUUUUGAACUUGUCCUUUAAUAAGCUAUCAGGAGAGAUUCCUAAUUGCGGACCCUUUGGAAAUUUCCCAGCUCUCUCUUUCAAUGGAAAUGAAGCACUUUAUGGAAAUGCGAUUUUUCAAGUCCCACGAUGUAAAGAAAAUGGAAUGAAAUCAUCAAGGGACAAGCGGCUCCAUAUACUAUACAUUGUUGUUCCAAUUUUAUUAGCUAUACUUUUAGUCCUCGUCAUUUACUUGCUUAGAAAGAGUGGGAGUACCAAUAAAGCUUCAGUUUCGAUGGAAAACUUGCCUAGAAUUGGCCACCCGAUGAUAUCAUAUCGGGAGCUUUGCUUGGCUACUAACAACUUCGGCGAAAGCAAGUUGCUCAAAGCAGGAAGCUUUAGCUCUGUAUAUGAAGGUACUUUGGCCAAUGGGAAAGACAUCGCAGUCAAAGUACUAAAUCUCCUUAUCGAAGGUGCUCUGAAAGGUUUUGAUGUAGAAUGCGAUGCUUUUCGUAUAAUCCGACAUUGCAAUCUCGUCAAGGUGAUUAGCAUGUGCACGAAUGCAAAUCUGAGAGCUUUGGUAUUGCAAUACGUGCCUUGUGGGAGCUUAGAGAAGUGGCUGUACUCCAACAGUUACAAUUUGGAUCUCCAUUAG